AUGCUGUACAGAACCACUGCUGCCCGCUCUGUCCUCAGGGCUAUCUCGAGCUCCAACGCCUCGGUCGCCCGCUCGGCCCUGUCCAACAAUGUCUUCAAGGCUCCCUUGACCUCUUCCGCUCGUUAUCCCGCUCGCCCGACCACCUCCCCCAGCCUCGCUCUGGCUGCUCGCAAGCCCGUCACCACCGCUCUUGUCCGCUAUGCCUCCACCUCCGCUAAGGAAGGCGAGGAGCCCGACAUGAUGGCCGGUAUCAAGACCGAGGCUAAAGUCAUCAAGGACACCUUCAGCCUGGAGGCCGUCCCCAAGGAGGCUCUCUACCUCGGAAUGGCCGGCGUCAUCCCCUACGUUGCUACUUCCCUGCAGACCGUCGCCCUCGCCUAUGAGGUCAAGACCGCCGCUUUGGCCGGUGAUGGUCUGAUCUUCUCCGGCCAGAGCGCCGAGUUGAUGCUGCACAUGAUCGAGCCCAUCCAGGUCGGCUACGGUGCUGUUAUCCUCUCCUUCCUCGGUGCCAUCCACUGGGGUCUCGAGUGGGCCGGCUACGGCGGCAAGUACGGCUACAAGCGCUACGCUGCCGGUGUUAUCGCCCCUGCCGUUGCCUGGCCUACCCUGCUGCUCCCCGUUGAGUAUGCCCUGAUCUCUCAGUUCCUUGCCUUCACCUUCCUGUACUACAACGACGCUCGCGCCGCUGCUGCUGGCCGCGCCCCCGCCUGGUACGGCAUGUACCGCUUCGUCCUCACCUUCAUCGUCGGUGCUAGCAUUGUUGCCAGCUUGAUCGGCCGUGAGCAGAUCGCUGGUACCCUCAGCACUGAGCACACCAUCAAGGACAAGAUCAACGCUCUGAUCUUCCUGCAGAAGAAGGAGAAGGAGGAGGUUGAGGCCCGUCGUCGCGCUGAGCUCGAGGAUGCCGAGUAA